UGUGGUGGUCGUCACGUAUAACAAAAAAUAUUAAUUAAUCUGUGUUUCUACCAUCUGUGUCUCUGCUCAAUGUAUUGAUUCAAAAUAUCGAAUAUCAAAUGGCCGAUGUAUCGAUAUUUCGAAAUAUCGCAUAUCGAUUCGAAUCGGAAGUCAAACCUACUAACCUAACCUCUAAACAUUGACGACAGACGUGACGCGGCGGCAGCGACGUCAGCGACCAGCGUCAGCGCAUUCACGCCGUGCACCGCGUCGAUUCAGGCUUAUCUCUGUUGGGCACGUGUACCAUUUUCUCGUAAAGUUGAAAAUAUUCACAGAAAAUGCAGGAACCUAUUAAAAUGGAGGUUGAUGACAGUAUAGUGAAAGAUGAAAAUAUCGAGGCUCCAGAAAUCAGUUACGAGGAAAAGCUACGAUUUGUGAAUUCUAUUUCCGAACCCAUGGCACCGAAGAAACUAACCAAAAAGAUUUACAAGUGUAUAAAGAAAGCAUCCAAACAUAAAACGUACCUGCGCAACGGUUUAAAGGAUGUACAAAAACAUCUUCGUAAAGGUGAAACAGGUUUGGUUGUCUUCGCCGGAGAUGUAUAUCCUAUAGAUAUUAUGUGCCACUUACCAAUUGUGUGCGAAGAUAAUGAUAUCCCCUAUUGUUUCACUCCAUCGAGAAUGGAUAUUGGUACAGCGAUGGGCAUGAAGCGCGGCAGUCUUAUGGUACUUAUAAAGGAACAUCCCGACUAUAAAGAUCUUUAUGACGAAAUUAAAACUACGAUGAAGCGACUUUCUGCAUCUCUAUAGUCUUUACGUUUAGGCUAAACUUGUAUAUUACAUACUUGUAAAAUUGUAUAUUGUAUUCUAAUUUUCUGAAAUUAAUCGAGAAUUAUCGACCGAUCUUUUUCGAACUGUGUUCUCUGUAAAUGUACAAUACAAUAUACAAAAUAAACUACAA